AUGGCGCCAACCACUCCUGCGAUAGCCUCUCGCUGUCGCUACCCCCAAGCCGGGGCUUUCGAGCAAAAUGACAAGAGAAGGCUGUUGUUGAUUUAUAUCCAUGGAUUCAUGGGCUCCGAGGCGAGCUUCCAGGAGUUCCCCGCUCACAUUCAUGACAUGUUGACCGCAUUAUUGAGUGAUUCGCAUGUUGUGUACACGCGUAUUUAUCCUCGGUAUAAAUCCCACGGGGAGAUUCAGUCUGCAGCAGCCCAAUUCAGUGCUUGGCUGGCCCCUCACGAAGCAGAUGACCUCGAUAUAAUCCUGCUGGGCCACAGUCUCGGCGGAAUCGUCGCAGCAGACGUGGCCCUUUUACAAAAACAUCAAAUUCUGGGGCUAAUCAACUUCGACGUACCCUUCCUGGGCCUUCAUCCGCGCGUAGUACCAACAGGUAUUCUCAGCUCGAUGCCAAAAAAGCCUGGAGACGUCGCGCCAGAAGAAACGCUCGCAGAUGAGCAAGCUUCUCUAGGCAUGGAUCCCGCCUAUAAACCGGCAACACCACCAAGACCAGCAGCGCCAGAUCCGAAUUUCGAUCGGCCGUGGAGAAAUGAUAUUCGACUACCUAAUCGCGGAUUCCUCAAGGGGGUGAUGCAUUUUGUCAAUAAGAAUACCGACAACCUUGCACGAUCAGUCUUCGACCGGGUGGUGUCAUCUGCGAAAUUCGCGGGCUGUGUGAAUAAUUAUUCUGAGCUUCGACGGCGAUAUCGCCAUCUUAUGGAGUUGGAGGCUUCGAAUCGCGUGCCGCCUCACUCGAUUAAAUUCAUCAAUUAUUAUACAGCCAGCACGGGUCGCAAAAAGCCAAAGAAGGGGGAUGAUUCUGCAACAAAGACGGACUCCGCACAAGAAAGUCCCAGUCCCUCUCUUGAAGUCGAAGAAGAGGAAAUAACCGGCCAAGAUGAGAAGUCCACGACUCCUACACAGCAGACGCCUGCUAUCGAAAGAUCGCUAGAGAACAUGAGCAUUUCUUCAGAACCCAGAACCCACGAAUCUGGAGCCGAUGAAGCAGAAAGCACUGUCAAGACCAACCCAGUCGAGGAAUCACAGUCCAAAUCCUCCUCAACUUCAACAUUAGCAAUAAUAGACGCCGAACCCAUCCCAGAACCCUCAAUCGAAGACGAAACAACAUCAGAAAGCCAAAUACAAACCCCUGAACCCACACAACAACCCCUCUCCCCAACACCAUCAGAAACCCUCCGAGAAGCAAGCCUCCACCUCUCAGAAAGCACCACAAGCGGAAAUACAAGUAUAACAACAACAUCCAGCUCAAACUCAAACUCAGACCCCAGCACACCAAAACUGCGGAAAUUCAUCCUAUUGCCAAAGAAUCACUGGAAAUACCACGACAACGCACACUGGACCGCAGUCGUAAUGCAAGAUAUCGACGAGGUCGAGGCUCAUCAGUCUAUGUUCAUUCCGUCUGGUGCGCAUUAUGAUCCUCUCGUUGGUGAUACGGUUAGCUUGAUUGAGACGUGGGUGCAGGAUGAAUUGAGUAGGAGGUUGGUUAGGGAGAGUUUGGAUUAG